GCUUUUCAAUCGUGCAGCGGAUGCUACAUGAAUCAAAAUGGCGGAAAAGGGUGCAAAUCUGGUUAGAAGGAGACCUCCUCAAAAAGAGCAAAAACGUCGAAAUGACAUAUACGUAAACAGGAAAACCGACUUUGCUGGACAACUAGAGCGAUGUCAAAAGAUCCUUGAUUCAAGUGAGCAAGAGGUGACUAUUCAUGGCUUGGGUUCUGCUAUCAAUCGUGCAAUAAAUCUAGCUCUGCAGCUUGAACAAAGAGGACAAGGAACUGUUGAGUUAUCAACAACAACGUCCAGUGUCAAACUAGUGGAUGACUUUGAGCCUGAAGAUGAUGACCAGGAAGGAUAUUCUAAAGUACGAACCAACUCAGCAGUGCACAUAAGAGUUUAUAAGAAACCUAUUUCCAAGGUUGAUUCAGAAAGAACUUGUCCAACUUGAAUCCCUACUUUUGGUAACCAAGAGGUCACUC